AUGCUGCUGAGAGCCGCUCGCGCUCCAUCUUGGCGCACUGCGCCGCGCACACAUCCGAGCUUCGCCAGCCGGCCACCGUGGAUGAUACCAAAAAAUGCCCUGCAUCGAAGUAUUCGGCUACAAUGGUUUCAUUCGAGUCGUUUCUGUCAAAACCAGUCGACUGAUGGCAAGGAUCCUUCCUCUGCUCGGAACAAGGCUCCAACCGCCGUCACCGGCUCCGACGUAGCUGGCGCAGCUUCCUCUGAGAAACCUGGUGGCAUUACGGCUAAAACAGCCCCGAAAAAGGAUUUAUUGAGCGAAUCAGCUAUCGCGAACAAAGAUCAAAGGCGGGCAGACUGGGCUAUAAUGCGUGAAAUGGCCAAAUAUUUGUGGCCCAAGGAUGACUGGGGCACCAAGCUCCGAGUUGGCACAGCGCUCUCGCUACUUGUAGGCUCAAAGGUUCUUAAUGUUGAAGUGCCUUUCUACUUCAAGAAUAUUGUUGACUCGAUGAAUAUCGAUUUCGCGACGCUGGGUGGGACGGCGUACACUGUGGCGGGCUCCAUGAUCAUUGCAUACGGCGCAACCCGCAUAGGAGCAACUGUGUUCCAAGAACUUCGUAAUGCAGUCUUUGCCAGUGUUGCCCAGAAGGCGAUUCGAAAAGUCGCACGGAAUGUUUUCAAUCACCUCUUACAACUGGAUCUCAACUUCCAUCUGUCACGUCAAACUGGUGGUCUCACUCGCGCCAUCGAUCGGGGUACCAAGGGUAUUAGCUUUUUGCUCACCUCGAUGGUCUUCCACGUUGUACCAACUGCUUUGGAGAUUUCUCUCGUCUGCGGAAUUUUGACCUACCAGUACGGUUUACAAUUUGCAGCCAUCACAGCUACUACCAUGGUGGCCUACACAGCAUUCACGAUUACGACCACUGCGUGGCGCACGAAAUUCCGACGACAGGCCAACGCCGCCGACAACCGCGGUGCCACCGUUGCUGUUGACUCGCUCAUCAACUACGAGGCUGUCAAAUAUUUCAACAAUGAAAAGUUCGAGGUCGCUCGAUAUGAUAAGGCUUUGAAGCACUACGAAGAUGCAUCCAUCAAAGUCACUACAUCGUUGGCUCUUCUCAACUCUGGCCAGAACAUGAUCUUCUCCACUGCGCUGGCUGCCAUGAUGUAUCUGGCUGCUGACGGGGUGGCUACCGGUACCCUCACCGUGGGCGACUUGGUCAUGGUCAACCAGCUCGUCUUUCAACUCUCCGUACCGCUCAACUUCCUGGGGUCCGUGUACCGUGAACUGCGCCAGUCUCUGCUGGAUAUGGAGACUCUGUUUAACCUGCAGAAGGUGAACGUGAACAUCAAAGAGAAGCCAAACGCUCCGCCUCUUACCCUCCGAAAGGGUGGAGAAAUUCGAUUUGAGAAUGUGACUUUUGGCUAUCACUCCGAUCGUCCGAUCUUGAAGAAUGCGACUUUCACCAUCCCCGCCGGCUCGAAGUUUGCCAUUGUCGGCCCCAGUGGAUGCGGUAAGUCUACCAUUCUUCGCCUGCUCUUCCGCUUCUAUGACACCCAAUCCGGCCGAAUCUUGAUCGAUGGCCAGGACGUGCGUGAUGUGAGCCUCGACAGCCUUCGACAGGCUAUUGGUGUCGUCCCGCAAGAUACACCGCUCUUUAACGAUACGAUCGCGCACAAUAUUCGCUAUGGUCGAAUUGAUGCUACUGAUGAGGAGGUUCGACAUGCUGCCGAGCGCGCUCGAAUCAGUGAACUGAUUGAGCGUUUACCGGACGGGUAUGAGACGGCGGUCGGCGAGCGAGGCAUGAUGAUUUCGGGUGGUGAGAAGCAGCGAUUAGCUAUCUCCCGAUUGUUGCUGAAGGAUCCGCAGCUGUUGUUCUUUGACGAAGCGACCUCGGCAUUGGAUACAUACACCGAGCAAGCCUUGCUGCAAAACAUCAACAGCAUCCUCAAGGACAAGCGGCGCACCAGCGUGUUUGUGGCGCACCGACUGCGGACGAUCUACGACAGCGACCAGAUCCUGGUACUCAAGGAUGGUCAGGUGGCGGAGAUGGGAUCACACCGAGAACUACUGGAUCUGGAAGGAGUCUAUGCGGAGUUGUGGAAUGGUACGUUUCGACUCUCUCAGGAGUCGAAUGUCGAGGAUGAGGAGGGAGAA